AUGGCUUCCCCGACAGCACCUACCCGCCGCAGCACGGGCUCCUCAGCCGGGUCGCUCCAACGAUCGGACGAACGAGCUUCUAUAGCAGCCAACAUUCCUCUCGAGACGCUGGUCACUCAUUUACUAGCUGCGAAACGAUCGCUCUCAUCGAUGAAUCAUGUUCUUCGCGCCAAUGAAAUAGCUACAUCAGCCCGGAAUGCGCAUGAGGAAGCAGCUCUGCUCUCUGCCCAGGCUAACUUUCUUCGCGGAGCUACUCUUGACCAGGCUGCCAUCCUUGUCAAGGUACGCCGCAGCCUCCAAUCGACGUAUGACUGGAGCAAGAGGGAUUUUAGGGUGCUCGUCAAGUCCAUGGAUGGUGUCGAUGGCAAGCUUGGCCGAACGAUAGAAUCUCUGCGAUCUACGCAGAUCAGCGACCUCCUUCGCCCACAAGACGAGCAACGAAAGAAUUUACUAGAUUUUGUCGACGAGGAAGGCGUCAACAGGAUGAGAGACGCGAUGAAGAAGAGUAUAGAAGAGCUUCAGGGCAUCCAGCAAUCAUUCGACGGCGACCUCCUUCGUUUCGACAACGACAUUCGUGACCUCAAGAAAGUCAUCAUUGCAUCGCAAACACAAGACUCGGGUGACGAGGACCAGGCCUCGCAACCAUUCACAAUGGACAUAUUGAUGGAGAUACUCGAGAACUCGACCGCGAUGGCGCAACUGCUGGCAUCCUUGACAAACCACUUUGACAUGUGUGUGACGGCAAUUCGGACAACAGAAGGCGGCGCAGCUCUAGCUCGCCGCCGAGCUGCCGAGGUGAAUCAGGCUCAAGGCAGCGAUGGUGUCUCCAUAUCGGGUGUCAUUGCGGAGCAGGAAUCCAACAUGUCCGACUUGGAGUCAGUCACGGAUAGUGACAGAGCAGAAAUGCUCCAUGUUGUUGUACAAGAUGCAAGCGAGGUCAGCGAUGUUGUUGAGGAAAUCCAAGAGCGUCUCGCGGUCAUGGAGCAAGACUACAAGAUCCUGGGGCAACGUAAUGUCGCAGCAGAGAAAUCGUACAUUUCUAUGCUUGACGCGUUCACCGUACUCGGAAGCAUUGGUGACCGUCUGAAUGACUACCUUGCCGCAGAACAAGACUUUAAAACGCGAUGGGACCUGGAGAAGGAGACUGUGUUUGACAGAAUGACGGAGAUGGAGGAGAUGCGAGGCUUCUACGACGGUUACGGGAGCGCAUACAAGUCGCUCAUAUCGGAAGUGAAGCGCCGAAAAGCUGUUGAGGAUGGUGUGCAAAACGUCUGGCGCAUGGCGCAAGCCAACGUGGACAAGCUGUUAGCCGCCGACAAAGCAUCUCGAGAAUCAUUUCGGCAAGAUGUGGGUGAAUACCUUCCGACUGAUUUGUGGCCAGGUAUGCAUGCUCGGCCACAACGAUGGAAAGUGACUCGUAUUGAGGAGAAGGACGAUGAAGACGAGGGCGGCCAAACUCGCGAAGAGAGCCUUGGCUAA